AUGUUACCAAAUUCUCUCUUCCUAUCCCCCCUCCCUCUAUCCCCUCUCUCUCUCUCUCCCCUCUCUCUCUCCCCUCUCUCUCUCUCUCUCUCUUUGUUUCCUUCAAAUAUCUAUCUAUCUAUCUAUCUAUCUAUCUAUCUAUCUAUCUAUCUAUCUAUCAAUAUCUAUCUCGAUCUCUUCAUAUCUAUCUAUCUGAUUCUUUUCUUAUCUAUCUAUCUAUCUCUUCAGUUCAUCUCUCUCUCUCUCUCUCUCUCUCUCUCUCUCUCUCUCUCUCUCUGCAUGUUGUCUCUUGGUGUUGACUUCAAUGUCCACUUUUAUAUCUAUCUAUCUAUCUAUCUAUCUCAGUCUAUUCUUAUCUAUCAAUUUAUCUUUUUCAAUAUCUAUCUAUCUAUCUAUCUAUCCCAGUCUGUUCAUAUCUAUCUAUCUAUCAUGGUCUAUUUCUCAUCUAUUUAUCUAUGUAUCUCAAUAGGUCCACAUCUAUCUCUAUAUCUAGCUGAGUCUGUUUCUAUCUAUCUAUCUAUCUAUCUAUCUAUCUAUCUAUCUAUCUAUCUAUCUAUUAGAGGGGAACAUUCUUAUUGUUCAAAAUUUUUGAAAUAA